AGUCUCUGCAUGUAUGGAUCCACAUCUGUGUUUCAUCUUGUUCAAAUCAUUUUCUUUUUAGUCCUCCUCUUGCAGUAAUCAAACACUUUUAGCCUUGAUUCCAGUUUGAAACAACAAUGGCCGAAGCAAUUGCUUUCGACAUUGCCACAGAGCUCAUUAUUAAGUUGAGCUCUCUUGCUCUCUCUCAAAUUGGACUCUGGUGGAAUCUCAAAGAUGACCUUCACGACCUCGAACGCACCGUCUCCACAAUCAAAGCUGUGCUUCUUGACGCAGAAGAGAAAUCGGCGACCAACAAUCUUGUCAAAGUUUGGCUUGAGGAGCUGAAAGAUGUACUUUAUGAUGCGGACGACUUGAUUGAUGAUUUCUCUACCGAAGCUUUGCGGAAAGAUCUAAUGGGUGAGAACAAGCUGACGAAAGAGGUACGCCUUUUCUUUUCAAGCUCUAACCAGUUUGCUUACGGUCUCAAAAUCGGUCGGAAAAUUGAGGCUAUUAAGGCCAGAUUAGCUUCAAUUGGAAGUGAGGCCAAGAUGUUCGACUUUGUAGAGCGUGAUCGUCCCAUGGAAACCUCUUUCAUGACUAAAAAGAGGCAGCAAACGCACUCUUUUGAGCGUGAAGAUGAAAUAAUAGGGAGGGAUGAUGAUAAAGUGGCUCUUCUAAAACUCGUGUUAGAGUUUCAAAGUGAAGAGAAUGUUUAUAUCAUUCCAAUUAUGGGGUUUGGAGGGUUAGGUAAGACUGCUUUGGCCCUACUUGUCUAUAACGAUGAAAUGGUCAAAAGUCAUUUUGAGUUGACGAUGUUUGUGUGUGUUUCAAAUGUUUUUGAUGUGAAAGUUAUUGUAGCAAACAUUAUCAAAUCUGUGACUAAUCAAGCAACUGAUGAAAAUCUUGAAAUGGAUCAAUUGCAAAAACAACUUCGAGAUAAAAUUGAUGGGAAGAAAUAUUUGCUUGUUUUAGAUGACAUUUGGCAUGAGGAUCCAGUAGAGUGGUCUAGGCUAAAGAAGUUAUUGAUGGGUGGGGCUAAAGGGAGUAGGAUAAUAGUAACUACUCGAUCUCUAAAGGUAGCUAAGAUUACUAAUAAGUGUCAAUCCCAUAUUUUGAAACUGAAAGGCUUGUCUGAUGAUGAUACUUGGUCUUUGUUCAAAAAGAUAGCAUUUGAGCAAAGAUAUGUAGACUCAACAAAUUCAGCCUUUGUGGAAGUUGGGAAACAAAUUUCGAAAAGGUGUGGUGGGGUUCCCUUAGUCAUAAGGACGAUAGCUAGUACGUUAUCUCUGAAAGAAACUGAAAAUGAGUGGCUUUCUUUCAAAGAUAAUGAACUUGCUAAAAUAACAGAAAUUGACGGAGAAAUUAUACCUACACUUAAGUUGAGUUAUGAUCAUCUCCCAUCCCAUUUGAAGCAUUGCUUUGCUUUUUGCCGAUUGUAUCCGAAAGAUUAUGAAAUUGAUGUACGAACGCUUGUUCAAUUUUGGAUUGCACAAGGUUUCGUAAAGCAAUCAAAUCCAAAGCAAUCUCUUGAAGAGAUUGGGUUUAGAUAUUUUAAAGAUUUAGUUGAAAGAAGUUUCUUUCAAGAAGUAGAAGGAGACUUGACAGAAGAAAUGACAUGUAAAAUGCAUGAUAUAAUGCAUGAUCUAGCUGAAUUAGUAGCUGGGACAGAGAGUACUAUUGUAGAUUCUAUUUUAAGUACAAGUGAGGUUGGAGAAAAAUGUCGCCACGUAUCAAUUAAUGUUUCAUUAAUUCCUUUGUUUAAGGGAAAGAAGUUGCGAACCUUGUUACAUUUUCCAAAAGCGAGAUACCAUUUGAGCGAUGAAACUUGGAAUACGAUCAUUGGAAAUUGUAGAUGCUUGCGUGUAUUGGAAAUGAAUUUUUUAUAUUUUACGACAAUCCCACACUCCAUUUAUAAGUUGAAACAUUUGAGGUACCUUGAUCUUUCUAAAAAUCGCGGUCUUAAGAGUCUCCCAAAGAGUAUUUGCAAGAUACAAAAUUUGCAAGCUUUGAAACUUGACUGGUGCGAUUGGCUUGAAGAAUUGCCGAAGAAGAUUGAAAGAUUGGUGUAUCUUACCCAUCUUGCGUGUCAUGGUUGUUGUCGGUUAACUCAUAUGCCACGUGGAAUAGGAAAGCUGAUGUCCCUUGAAACGCUAAGCAUGUUUGUAGUAGAUAAAGAUAGGUCCCAUGGCGGUGCAGAUCUAAGUGAAUUGAGUGGGCUUAACAAUUUAAGGGGAGAGCUAGAAAUAACAAAUUUGGGCUUCGUAAAAAAUGCAAAAGAGAAUUUUAAGGCUGCUAAUUUGAAAGAGAAACAACAUUUAAGAUCGUUGGUUUUACAAUGGGGCUCUUUUUUGGCCUGGGGAGAUGAUAACCGUGAUGAAGAGAGGUCACUUGAAGACCUCCAGCCCCAUCCUAAUCUCAAGGAGCUCUGUAUUCGAGGAUGGAGGGGUGAUGCCAAGUUUCCAAGUUGGUUUUCUUUGCUUACAAAUCUCGUCCAUAUUGAAAUAUCGGGUAAUUUCAAACAGCUCCCGUCCUUUGCGCAAUUGCCUUAUCUUAAACAGCUGGAGAUUUGUUAUUGUACUGAGUUGGAGUACAUGGAUGAUAAUAGCCCAAAAGGAAGUCAAGGAGAACCACAAUCAUUCUUCCCAUCACUUAAGCGUCUUUCGCUCUGGGACUGUCCGAAUAUGAAGAGUUGGUGGAGGACGACAAAACCAAUCGAUGAUGAUUCCAACGAGGAUGACACAACAGUUAUGGGAACAUCAACUAUGUCAUUUCCGUGUCUUUCCUCUUUAAAAGUUCACGAUUGCCCUUUGACUUCAAUUCCGUUGUAUCCUUCACUCGAUGAUGAGCUAGAGUUGGUGAAUACCAGUUCAAGGCUGUUAAAGCAGACUACGAAGAUGAACAUGAAUACUAAGACCCCAUCAAGCUCAACCUCUUCUCUUCCUCUCUCCAAAUUGAAAUCUUUCCGUGUAGUCAACAUUGAGGGAUUGGACACUCACAUGCUAGAUGAGUGCCUGCAACAUCUCACCGGCCUCAAAAGUUUAAAAAUAGAAGAUUGCAAGGAGGUUGAUUUAGAGGGCAUGCAAUGGGAAGCCCUUAAGAAUCUCUCAUUUUUGAGGAUUCAGAGUAUUCCACUGCUGGAGUCUCUCCCCCUUGGGCUUCAACAUCUAACAAAUCUGCAAGAGCUUUAUCUCUUUGAUUUGCCCAAUUUAACAUCGCUUCCGGCCGAGAUGCGUUGCCUAACCAAUUUGAAAUAUUUAAGUAUGGGAGAAACUCCCCAGUUGAAGGAAAGAUGUAGGGAGGACAUUGGUGCAGAUUGGCAUAAGAUUGCUCACAUCCCAAACAUUGGGUUGUAGUCAGUAUGCCAUUGGAGAGUAGUUUGGGAAAGGCAUUUGUCAACUUCAAUAAUUUAUAUGCAUAAAAAAGAGGUGGAAGCCGAGACCAUACUUUCUGCUACGAUUUGUUAAUCAGCCAAAAUAUUCCAUCAAAACAAAAAUGGUUCCUUGCUGUUUUUGGAAUAGUUCUUGUUCAAGCGUGACAGUUGUCAGAGAUAUUGCAUUUGGAAAUUUAUUAUAUCUCUUUACACAAGCUUAUGAGGAGUUUGACCGAUUCUGGAGCUUGUAUAUAGAUUAUUUAUUUCAUGGAUGAUGUGUGAAUUUAAAGAAGUACACAUGCUCAUAGUAGGAACUAUUAUUGAGUGUCGUUGUUAUACACCAUUUAAAGAAGUACACAUGAUAAUGACUCAAGUUGGGUGUAGGUAAAAUCUCACCUUCAUUCUUAGA